AUGCAUUAUCAUUUAAACAAGGAUAAGCCUUAUGGGUUGGGUCGCGUCUUGCGGAACUUUAACAUCACAAAAAUCAGCGAUCUUGAACUGAUUUCCAACACCACCGAUCGCCUGGAUAUCACCUUUCACUUUUUCGGCGUCAAAGGCGAUUCCCAGCGGAUCCGGGAGGCCAUCACCCGGAUGGUGGAGCGGGGAAGGAUUGGGAACUUUACGCUGGUUGCCAAUUUUCAUCACUUUGACGAGAACCCACCGCUGAGUUUGCUGGACCUGAGUGUCAAUCAACCGCAAGCGGGUGUGCGCGAGGCCAGCGAGUUCAUCAUAUCCUGCACCGCCCAAGGAUCAUCCCGAAUGCAGUUCCAGUGGUUUAAGGACGGCGCUGUGGUGAACGCCAGCAAGGCAACGAGGGAAAUCUGGACCACAGUCCUGCCGCCGGAGACCAAGGAUGUCUAUACGGCCAUACUCGGCGUAACCAAGGCAAGUCGGAUCGACGAAGGCGUCUACAGUUGCAAGGUCACUGACUGGGGCGUGGAGCAGUGCCGCUCCCUCCACAUCCACAUCAAGUCGCCACCCCGUCUCCGAGUGGAUCCCGCGAGCGUGACGCUGCAACGCGGAGACUCCCUCCGGGUCCGCUGCCUCUCGCCUGGCAACGAUGACAUCAAGAGAUACGCUCAGCUGGGCUACAGUUGGACGCGGAACGGGGUGCUUUUCCAAUCAGACCCGGCCACUGCCAUGUGGGAGGACCUCUACCCGGACGGCAGUAUCCUCAAGAUCAACAACAUCCAGAAGUCGGCGGAGUACGCCUGCCUGGUCUCCAACAGCGUCCGUCCCGUCUCCCGAAGUGUCUACAUCAACGUGAUCGAACGGAAUGCCAUGCAUGUGUGCCCCGCCGAGUCCACCUACGGAGUACACUGGCCAACCAGUGCUCCGGGAGCACCCAUUAUCACCGACUGUCCGCGUGGCUUUGAGGGACACCUGCGGAGGAUCUGUGAGCAGCGGGACACGGGAAAUUCUAGCUGGCUACUGCCUGACUUCUCGGGAUGUGUCCGCGAUGAGCUUCUGCUCAUCUACAACCGGUUCCUGGCGCUGAGUGCCGGGUUUCAACAGACCAACUCCUCCAACAUCCUCAAGUCCUGCUUCGACUUUACUCUCCAGCGCAGGCAUAGCUUCCUGCCCGGAGAAGCUAGCUUCCUCAUCGAUAUGCUUCAUGAGCUCGACACCUACCUGCAAUUGAAAGGCACACAACUGGAACGCGAGAUGGCCGCGGAGAUAAUACUGCGCAUCCUGGAUAAAGUCAUGCAGAAUGCUCAAUCCUUGAACAGUCAACAGCAAAUUAAAAAGCUGCAGCUGCUAACGCAGUCGGCGGCCCUCAACCGCGAGACCAUAGCGGCCUCCCAAUUGGCCACAUCCACCAGCGGCAAUAGCCAGAAGCAACAACAGACAUCACCAGGUGACAGCUCAGCCACGUUGACCGCACAGGGGGGCGAUGACAGCGGGUCAGGCGCCAAUGCCGGAGAGAUUUCCCCAGGACCCGGGUCCGAGAGUCUGCCGUCAGCCCGGGGUGUGGCCAGGGGGAGCAGUAACAGUGGAGCCACUAGCAUUCUGACUGUCGAUGAGGACACCCUGUCCCUGGACCGACUCAACUCUCUCCGCAUUUACAUGACGUCUGUGAAAACGCUGCCGUUUAACUUACGCAUUUAUGGGGAGGAUUUGUUCUCGGAUCAACUCUACAUGGACAUUGGGCUCUCGUCCCGUCUGCUGCAUAUCAUGGCCAAUUCUACGAUAUUCGCCUCGGUCAUCUCCUACAAGAACCUAAAGAGUUUCCUGCCCAAAACCUACUACACACGCGGCAGUGACCCCAGGGACUCGGACUAUGUGCUGGCAUCCCGCAUCAUUCAGACCUGGCUGUUUCAAUCCAAUCGCUCCAAUGACAAUUUCCGCGAACCCCUCGAUUUGCCAUUCGAAGCCGGCCAUGUGGAGAUUAUAUUCCAGCACGAAAGUGUCCCUAAAUCCGGGGAUUGGGUGGCCGUUUGUGGGCACGACUACAAGGCCUCCUUCGACUCCACCUGGCGUUCGGACCUCUGCAUCACCAAACACCUGAUGGCGAACAUAACGCGAUGCAUCUGCCCGCUGUCCGGAACCUACGUGGUCAUGCUCACCAAGCGCCAGCAAAAUGCCACGCCAUCGCAUGCCCCGCAGCGUCCCAUCUUCGUGAUCGCCAGCUGCGCCUGCUGCCUUCUCCAAUGCGGAUCCGCGCUCCUCAUCCUGGUGCCCAUCUGGUGCAAUCGCAAGUGCGCCGUCACGUUCCUCAAGAUGCAGUUCUGCAUCUCCACGUCGAGUGUGAUGCUCAUUUACUUGCUGGGCUUUAUGAAGAUGCUUCCAGUGAACUGGCACGCCAUCAUUAGCAGCUCCCUGGCGUCGCUGCUGUUGCUGGGCAUCUCGACCCUGAUUGCGAUUGCCUUGGCCAUCCACACGGAGCUGGUGCCGAAGAAGUAUCUGCAAAUUGGCAGCCAGCCGGAGACGCCCACGAAGAAGCGCCAACGAGAGCGGGAGCGGGAACGUGACCGCGAACUCGAGAGUCUUAGCAAUAUCACACAGAUACGGGCUCAGUCGCCCAGCUCGUCCUCGGGGCACCACCAGCGCCGCCCACCACCAUCCAACGGUUCCUCCUCCAAGUCCUCCUGCAAACCAUCCGCCCUGCCAACCGGAUCGGCUGGAAUCCGCGGCGCCAUCGGCAUCAGCUGGCUGCUGCCCCUGCUCUUCGCGGUGGCCGCCCCACUAAUCUGCAGCAUCAUCGGCAAGUGGCCACGCCACUGGUGGCUGGAGGUCCUCGCUACGGGCGCCGGCGGCGAUGGGGAAGUGGAGAUCCCCAACGAUGGCAGAACGGAUGCGGAGGCCGGCGAGUUCGAUGGCGUCUUCUAUUCAACGCACUCGUUACUCAAUGGCGAUAAUUUACUGCUCGAGAUGGGAAAUGGAACGGUCCCACCGCCCACGGAGACAUUCUUCGAUGCGGCGUCCACAUCAACGUCAUCAAUCAGUGGCGGGAGCAGUGACAGCUUUUGGUCGCAGUCGGAGAAGCAGUUGCCAGGAGUAGCUUGGAGCGGCGGUAGUGGCACCUCCUCCAGCUCCACUUCCGCUUCAGUUUCUGCGAUAGCUGCGCCUCUAACUUCCGGCUUGAGUGACUUGAACAGAAUCGGAGGAGGGCCUUCAACAGCAAUGUCGCCUUCUUUGAGCUUCGUCCUGUUCGUCUGCAUCGAUUUGCUCUUUAUCCUGCUCUUCUUUGCCCUGUUUGCCAUUUUAAUGAAGAAACUUUUGUGGUUGUGGCACAAGAAUCGCAAUGUGCAUACGCAUCCGUUGGAUAAAUUCAAUCUGGCUUUGCGCCGGCGAUUUGGAUUGCUCUACCGAGCUGGUGUCCUGCUCCUGGCCAAGCUGCUCAGCGACGGAUUCUUCAUCGUUUAUGUUAAUUCAUCGCCGGAUACUUUGUGGGCAUAUCCGUUUGGCAUAUCGUGCAUAAUAUUGGGCUCGGCCAUCCUCUUCUGUUUUGUCAUCAAGGCGGAGAGCCAGCUGCGUGGCCCACCGUUCCUCGGGAGCAACGGAAGCAGCCAGAACAGCUCCCUCAAGCAGGCCAAGUUCACCACGAGCAGGAGCAGCCUGGAUGAGAACUACUGCACCACCACCACGACGACAACGACGGCGAACGUCAACAGUCCACUUAGCUUCUACACCAAUCACGACAAGGAGAAGGAGAACGACUGUGGCAUCACGUUGUCAAUGUCAAAUGCAGGACACUCGUCCUCGGUAACAGCCGGAUCCUUGUCCUCGUCCGCAGCCGGUGCCCCGCCCCUCCAAGCUAAGGUGGGCCUCGAGCUGUCCGGAGCACCGGUGUCCGGGGUUCAGUUGCCGCUGACAAUCAUCUCCACGGCGCCGCGUUGCCAGGCGGCGACUGUGGCAGAGGCAGCUGCUGCGGCGGAGACCUUCCUUGGCGACCAUCAUCAGGCACUGCCCCUGUCCGUGGCCCCCUCGCCGGACACCCGUUGCUGUGCCAUUUUGGGCGGAGGAACUGCUUACGAUGCAUACACCAUGGGCAUGGGGAUGGGCGUAGGCAUGGGCAUGGGCGUGGGUGGGCUCACAGGAAGCCUGGGCAGAAGGACGCUGCAUCAGCAGCCGACACAUUACCGUACGGGACCAUGUGGAGAGUUUGUGGGCGUUGAGACACUCGACAUACUACAGGGCGUGGCAGCAGAUAGUAUAAUUGGAAUUCACAGCAGUGCAAUGAUGCCAACAGCCGCCACUACUUCUCAUUACGUUCCCCUGCAGCAUAAUCCCUACGUGGACUUUGUGCCCAGCCCCCUAAUCCUGAGCAUGCCGCCGCCUCCCACCAUAAGCGGCAACUUGAGUGGUGCGGCAACAUCGACACUACCCACAAUGUCCUUACCGACGCAAACACCCAAGACGCAGAAGCGUGUGACCAUCCUGGAGCCCACCUCCCGCACCACAUUCGACCCCUUGCUGCCCACCAUGGUGGCGGCUGUGGUCUCCACAUCAACGGUGACCAGCACGGCGACCACAACCGCCGCCACACCCACUGCCACCCAGAGUGGAGGAGGGGUUGGUGGCAACGAUGCGACCCUGGAUCGCAUCACCCUCGAUCUGGACUACCUGCUGAAUAGGUCGGAUGCCGGGGAUGGGGGGUGCCAGGAGGAGUGCCGCCCCCAGGACCUACCGGCAGCGAGGACGGUGGUCAGCAGAAACAAUAGCAAUAGCAUUCGGGCUGAGGUUCAUUGACCGACACUAAGAUGCAUUUAAGAGGCUUCUUUUCUUGUUAGGAUCUGUAAAUAAAUGUAAAUCAAAAAUAGAAGAAAACCAAAGCAAAACCCUACAGUAGGAAACUCUGUGAAUAUUCAUAUGCAUUAGAUAUUAAUUAAAUCCAACUAAAAACUGAGUUCAAGUCCAGUCUUUAUUUAAUGUUUAAGUUCCCCAUUAAUGUUUAAAGUGUUUUGGACACCAAUCACUCCUACAACCAUAUAUACUUAAAUUAAAAAUACAAAUUUAAAAUUUAUGUCAUUGCAUAUUUGUAAACAAAAUGAAAGAAUUUAAACUAAAGGUAACUUUUUAGCUAGAUUUACAAAAAGCCUAUAUUAUGCAGA